AUGAGGAUGUCUUUCACUAUACACUCACUAGCAUUUGUUCCAUUGUUUGUAGUAAUAGUGACACACGCAGUAAUCGUCGCGGCUGAAGAUGAAAACUCGCCGGAUCAGGCAAUGUUUCCAGCGAUGUUUGUGUUCGGAGACUCAUUAGUGGACAAUGGAAACAACAACCGCUUGAAUUCGCUAGCUAGGUCCAACUAUUUACCUUAUGGCAUCGAUUUUGACGGUGGUCAACCCACCGGUCGUUUCUCUAACGGCAAAACCAUCGUUGAUUUCAUCGGAGAGUUGCUAGGGCUGCCGGAUAUACCAGCGUUUAUGGAAACGAUAGACGGAGGAGUUGAUGUUCUCCGGGGAGUGAACUAUGCGUCAGCUGCCGGAGGAAUCUUAGAGGAAACCGGUCGCCAUCUGGGAGAGAGAUUCAGCAUGAGAAGACAAGUGGAGAACUUCGACAAGACAUUAAUUGAGAUAAGUAGGGGGAUAGAGUCAGUAAAUGAGUAUAUGGCAAAGUCAUUGGUUGUGGUUUCAUUGGGUAACAAUGACUACAUUAACAAUUACUUGAAACCAUCGCUUUUCCUCACCAGCUCCAUCUACGACCCUCCUUCUUUCGCAGACCUCCUCCUCUCUAACUUCACCUCUAAUCUCCUCGAACUAUAUGACAAGGGGUUUAGGAAGUUCGUGUUAGCUGGUGUGGGUCCAUUAGGUUGUAUACCAGACCAACUAGCCGCUCGAGCGGUUCCACCGGGUGAAUGUGUGGAGGCGGUUAACGAGAUGGCUGAGCUUUUCAACAACCGUCUCAAGUCGCUAGUGGACCAACUCAACUCCGACAACAAAACCGGUCGUGACGCCAUCUUUGUCUAUGGCAAUACCUAUGGAGCUGCCGUGGAUAUACUCACCAACCCGAUUGCUUACGGAUUCGAAGUGACGGAUAGAGGGUGUUGUGGAGUAGGGAGAAACAGGGGAGAAAUUACGUGUUUGCCACUAGCUGUGCCAUGUGCAUUCAGGGAUCGUCACGUGUUCUGGGAUGCUUUUCAUCCAACACAAGCUUUUAAUCUCAUCAUUGCUCUUAGAGCGUUUAAUGGCUCCAAAUCUGAUUGUUACCCCAUUAAUCUAUCUCAAAUGUCUCGUCUCUAA